AAGCUCCUGUGAGUUUAUGUCUAGUAAGUCGUCCUAAUCUUUGCUUGUGUGUUAAUAAGUCCUUUGGCAACUUAUACUUGCUGCUUCUUAAGCUGAUCCUAUACCUUCCGCGUCUUCGUCAUCAUCCUUUCUUACAUCUGGCUCGGCUCCAACGCCCACUUCACUAACACCCCAAAUGGAAACAAUGAGCGUUGGCUCAACCGGUCAAGCAGUUUAUGUCAAUGAUUGCAUCACUCGCGUCGAUCGGAUACCCAGCAUUUACGACGACUUGUCCAGUGGUAGUAAGAGCAGCAACACUACCCCGUCGUUAUCUUUGUCUAGCGGCGAACUUAUCCAUGAGCCAGCGCAGCCGAAACUCCACCCGCAGACUCUAGCAAGCACGACCAUCCAAAACGACCUAAUUAACCUGUAUUUUACUCAUGUACAUCCCUACUUGCCGAUCAUCCACAAGACAACAUUUUACUGCCAACUGAAAUCCGCUCCAUGUAUACUAUUAUUAAAUGCAAUGUAUGCUGUGGCAGCACGGUGGCAUCAACCAACACGAGACGCGAGCGAUGGACAUCCAAUUGGGUGGCGCUACUAUCAAGCGGCUUUUAGUUUGAUUGACAUCUACACUGAUACCCCACGGCUAUCCACGAUCCAAGCUUUGUUACUGCUGGUCAAGUAUCAGGAGCAUGUACGACGAUCCGGCUUCUUUUGGCGAACCCGACAGUACUUUCAGAUUAUUAUACGCAUGUCACGGGAUCUUGGCAUUGCCAAAUCCAUCCCAACGAGUUUCCAGAUGGAUUUGACGGUAACAGAGCAACGAAAACGCACCUUUUGGGCAGUAUAUGCUUAUGACGUAUUGAUGAGCACUGAGCUUGGGACCGAUCCACAUUUUGAAGAUGCCGAAUGUACAGCAGAGUAUCCUACCUUACUGGUCGACGAGGUGCAAACGGAUGAUCAGGAAGUGCUGCUGAAUUUCCACUGGAUGGCCAAACUUGUUCACUUGCAUGGGAGUAUAUUGUACUUUGCACGACAAAAAUACAUGGGCAACAACAACGCUGGACGUGGUAGUCGGCCGAUGACGAUGGCAGCAGUGACGACGACAAAAUCCAAGGAUGACUUUACAAAUGUCUUCAGGACGCUGCAACUGCGACUAGAUGACAUGGCUACCAGUAUGACCAGUGUCCUCAACAAAUCUAACCAGACGGGCUCGUAUGCAUCAUCAUUUCAGUAUAUGCUCCUCCAUUUAAGCACGAUCCUGCUUCACCGACCUUAUGCACUUGAUUAUGAGUCGAGUGUGUCGCAAGAACGAUGUACCGAUUCAGCUUCUGCCAUUACACACAUUGCAGAGACGUUGUUGAAUACCGGCGGAGUUGAGAGCAUGUAUUAUCCGAUACGAGGCAUCCAACAUACCAUCCAUUGCCUUUCGGCAGCUAUCACUGUACACAAGUGCCUUGCAGGUAUACAAGGCCAUCAGGAAGCAUGUCGAAAAUCACUUGCAGUGAUGCAUCGGUUAUUGGAAAGCACACCAGCAGCAGACGUGGACGUGAACUGGACUCCAGAACCAUUCUUUGGCAAUACAUCUCUCCAACAACAGCAACAACAACAGCAACAGCAGCAGCAGCAGCAACAGCAGUGGUCAUCAGCAUCAUUGGGAAAUCUUGCUUCAUUAAAUCCAUCUGCGUCACGCUCAUCACCAAUACUUGUAGGCUCAGUAUCCUCAAAUAAUGACAUGAUGCGGACCAAAUCCAGACGUACAAGUCUUCAGUCCUUACAAACCAUGGGAGGAGGAAGCAAGCGUCGAUCAAGAGCAGGAUCUAAUUUAGGUACAAAUGGUGGUGGCAGCCCUUCACCAACUGGUACACGGAAUCCAGAUCGUACAUUGCGCUCGAUGGUCUCCAAUCACCGAUUAUCUAUGCCCAUUCUGGGAUACUCUAUGCCUCAGCAACAAACACAGCCACAACCACAACCGUUGCAGCAGCAGCAAGUACCUUCACCACCGCCCCAACAGGUACAACAACCGCAACCGCAGACUCAACAGCAACAGCAGCCAAUAUCGCCGGUUAGUUACCCACAGCCUCCAUCCCCUACUGCUACUGGGUUUUAUUCAUCGUCUUCAUCGGAUAUGUAUGCCAUGACUGCAAAUAAGCCGAGCCCAUUCUACAAGCAGGCUUUGCGCAGUAGUUCAGUUGCCGCCGCUGCAGCUGCCCAGCAACAGCAGCAGUACUAUGGCGGAGCGCCAACGCGAACGGCAUCGACACCCCAUGUGAAUCGUGUAUCAGCCAGUCAACGUCGACAUACCAUCUCUGGUGGUGCUUAUCAAGGACAACCUCCAUACCCUCAACAACAACAGUAUAUACAACAGCAUCAGCAACAGCUCACAUACAUUGAUCCAUAUCAACAACAACAGCAACAUCUUCCGCCUGCUUCUCAGCAUGGGCAACAACAGGACCCGAUGAUGACUAUGGGUAAUGAUGGCAGUGGUGGGCUUGUAUACCAACAGCAGCAACAACAGCAACAUCAGCCAAUGUUGUUGGAUAACCCAGGAUUCCCAAUGGAUCCUGCAACACUGGAGCCACCCGCAGAGUCCAUGAUGGAACUACUGAAUCAAACAAUGUGAUUCGCCCCACAAAAUUUAAAAGCUGAAGCAAGGAGGGAGUGAGGAGGGGUUGGCUUUCGAAAACCAAGGGUGAUGUUUUGAGUAUGUGUCUCUGUAUUGUAAUCUAAAAGAAUAUCUAUAGCUUGGCGGUGUGUAUCUCUUCCCUCUUGUUAUAUAUACUCUCCACACACGCCCAUUUGUCUUAUCUCCAUUUUGUGAUCCAAACAAAAGAAAAACACUUCGAUUGAU